AUGUCAAGUCCUUCUUCGCCUUCUGAAUUGCACACAUCUUUAAUAGUUUCUCCGUCAUUAAAAGAUAAAUACGUCACACAUUCAACAACAUCUACAAAAUCUAGUCGUUUACGGUCAUUUCAUAGGAUAAGAAAAAAGUUAAAGCGUAUAUCUUUCUUAGAAAAUCGACGAAUGAAGUUAUUAACAUUUAUUACAUUGGUGAUUGUAUCAACGGUAUUUAUAAAGGGGAUAUUAAUUAUUUCUUCUGUUGUGUCGUCAUGGACUGAUGACGUUUCCUCUCUUAAUAUCGGAAAACAAAAUUAUUCACCGGUUAAAUAUUUAGGAAUAAAUCCGAAUAUAUCAACAAGAUUACCGGAAGGAGUUUCAAUUUAUCACAUUACCAAAGAAUUUGGAGCAGCAACUUUAGGAGAAUUAGGACAAAUAGUGACGGGGUUAUCACAAGCACAAUCAACAAAUUCAUCAUUAAGCGUCAAUGUAGUUAUGCCAUAUUAUUCAUAUUUAAGUAAAUUAUAUAAGCCUCAUAAAUACGCACAACUAGCCAUAAAAAUUCGCGAUAAAAGCGGUAAAUGGGGGAAUGUUAGAUUUUUGGUUUAUCGUACUUUGUGGAGUACUGCGGGGAAUAAUAUCUUAACGAGUAAUUCCGAGACGUCAUCGGAUAUACUUAGUGUAUUUAUGAUCGGACCAGCAUCAAAUAUGAUACCAUUAAAUACGGCAUUUAAAGCGUCAAGUAUAACAAAGAUCAAUAAAACAAAUUCAAAAUUACUCCCUGAAUGGAAAGAUUUAUACUUUUGCAAAGCUGCCGCUGAGCUUAUCGCGUAUAGAAAUACAAUGAUUGACACUUCGUUAUUCGCCAAAUAUGAAACAAGAGGUGUAGAUGUUGUACAUGUUCAUGGUUCAACCAACGCAUUUAUAAUUGAAUUUCUUAACCAUAUUAAUAACGGUAAAAAAUUUGGAAAGAAAUCCCCCGCUAUAAUUUACACAAUACAUGAUUAUUUUGAGGAACAGAUUUAUUCUAAUGAUCUCGCGAAUAUUCAAAAGUUUAUUGAUUUUGACGUAUUCCAACCUCAAUAUUUUCAUAAUAAUCGGAUGUUCAUGUCAGGUUAUGCGAUUGAUAACGCUCAAAUGGUGACUUUUGUAUCAAAAGAUUUGGCAAAGGAUAUGGUCGAAGGAUCAAUGGACUUUCAUCUUAAAGAAUUUAUUAUACCAAAUAUUUUGAAUAAAGCGAAAUUGGGUCAAUGGGUUGGUAUAACGAGUGGGAUAGAUUUUAAUUCUUACAAUCCAUUUAAUAAUACAAUGUUAAUUGAAAGUAACGCAAAUUUUCCUAAUAAUAUCUAUGAUUUUGAUCCAGUUUUAUUAUACGCGGAGACAAUUGAAGAAUCUUCACAAGAAUUAAUUACAGUUUCGAAGCAAAGUGCAAAAGCGUACCUAAUAAGAGAAGGAUUAUUGAGCAGAGAUGAUUUAAAUAGACCUUUAGUAUUAUACGUUGGUGAAUUUGAAUAUAAUAAAGGUUUACAAUUCUUUAAAGCCGCAGCCGAACUUUUGGUGGAAGUGGAUGCAAAAUUUAUCAUCAUGGGAAAGAAUAGUAAUUAUCCUUUAGAAAAGUUAAAUAAAUUAUCCGCCAACGCUCCUAAUCAUGUUAUCAUAAUAGAUAACUUGGAAUUUCAAAAAGAGUGGGGUAUAUUGUAUAGGGUUGCUUCUGAUAUUUUGUUUAUGCCAAGUUUAAUGGAAAAUUUUGGUUUAGUUGCCGCAGAAGGGUUAUUGUUUGGUGCGCCUGUAGUUAGCUCUAGUGUUGGUGGUUUAAAAGAAUUUUUAGUUAAUAAGACUAAAGACGAUGAUAAAAUUAAAAUUGAUUACAAUUCUUAUCUAUUUGAAUUGCUUGAUAAUCAAAUAAUUGGUUUGUCUCUAGACAAUAUGAAGUUGGCUUUAUUAGAAGCUAUUAAUGAUUGGAAAAGGAUGAGCAAAGACAUCAGAAUAAGAGAAAUCUUUUUGAGAAAAUUAAUUAAAGAUGCUUUUAAACUAAGUUGGAAUCGUUUUGAAGGUCCCGUUGAACAAUAUUUAAAAGUUUAUAGAAAGGCUAUGUUGCAAGUUCGAGAUAAAUUAGAAGAAGGAUUAGAGGAUUAA